AUGGCCCACCUCCCGCCCAACAUGGCCAUCUUCUCACCGUCAGUCGCCCGCGCAGCCGCCUCGGCCGCAAAAGAGUGGUCAUAUGUGGACAGUUGGUUACAAGCCAAGUUCCCGACUGGUGAUCCUCCCCAGUUUGAACGCAACCCCGACACACUACGUGCCCUACUUUCCAUAGCGUCAGCGAACGAGGCCGCCGACGAAGAGCAGACUCUCCUCGCCCGGCUCGAAGCCGAGACCCUCGACCAACUUCGAGCUCAUGAGGACUCCCGCGACCGAGGCGAGGGGCACGGUAUCACCAACAACACACUUGAGUCGGCUCGUGAAGCAAUCCUUACCGCUCUCGAGACUGCUCUCCCGCGCGAGGGCCAAACCGCCCUCACCGCGCUUGCCGCUCUCGCUCUCCAGACCAACACACCACUACCAACCCCGGCAGUCCUCGGCGCAGAGCUUCUCGACCUGUCCACCGCAGCCGCCGAACUGGAACAAACCACCGCCCGCAUUCACACGCUCACGAGUCAUAUUGCCCGUGAAGCCGCGGCAACGGCUGACCUAACUGCCGAGUUACGACCCCCUUCUCCAAACCACCACCAUCACCACCAUUCCGACGACGAUGACGAUGAUGACCUCUCCCAAGACGACGAACCCCACCAAGGCCCUACUUCCAAUCCCAACCACCCCAGACGUAGCACCAAAAUAGUAGGACGACCAGGAAGCUACCAACCCCCAGCCGACCUCGCCCUCCAAAACCUCGCUCUCCAACGCCGCAUCAAAGCCCUAACCACGCGCAUCCCCGAACUCCGCGACCGCGCAGCCGCCGCCUCCCGUUACUUCUCCUCCACCUACCCCUCCCACCCUUCUUCCUCCUCCCCAACCAAACCCACACACUCCCACUCCCACUCCCCGUCGAAAUCCUCCAUCACCUCCACCAGCACCUUCCCCUUCCCGUCCCUCACCCAACUCCAAACCUCGGAAUCCGCACACCGCGCUCUCGCAUCAGAGAAACGCGCGCUCGAGGAUCAAGUGCGUGCUUUCCAGGGCUUGCCGCCUGAUACGGAACAGGCGCGCCAGGAGGUGGAGAGUAUGAGGGGUCGGUUGCGGCGGAUGACGUUGCAGAGGGAUGAGGCGUUUGAGGAGCUUGUGGAGAGGGAGACGCCGAGGCGGGGGAGAGAGAGGGAGAGGGAGUGGGGGAGGUAA